AUGACGACGACCCGCUCGAGCUCGAAGCAGGGCGGUGCGGACAGUUCGGAGAGCUUCAGCUUUUGCGUCGGCAAGUUAGAUGCAGGCAUUGCCGUUCUACUCUCUGAACAAUCUCAUCUGAUCGAGUUUCCCUCGAUCCUGCUACCACCGGGUUGUCAGCCCGGCUCAUUCGUCUCUAUUUCCUGCUCGAGGGAUCAUCAGCUCGAGAAACAGCGCCUCGACGAGUUUUGGCAGCUGCAAGACAAUAUAGUCCACACAUACGGUCGCAAGACACCGCAGCCGCCUCAGCUGAGGCUACGUAAUGUCACACAGACCAGCGUCACGCUCGAAUGGGAUCCACUCGAUCUCGCUACAGCUAAAUUGCUCUCCUUGACCAUCUAUCGCAAUGGGCAGCGUCUGUCAAACAUACCCAACCCUCAGACGACCACGUCGACCAAGCUGUCUGGCUUGGAUCUCAGUGCAGACUAUACUUUCCAGCUCGUUCUGAAGACGACCGCAGGCGCUUACAACUCACAACAGCUCAAAGUCAAAACACACAGCAUAGCAGAAACUUCUGGCAUCCGGGUCUGCUUCGGCAUCGUCCAGCCGCCAGAGCUGCUCGAACAGACAAAGCAAGCUUUGCAGUCAAUCGGCGCGAAAUGGUCAGACAAAGUACAGAUAGAGACGACCCAUCUCGUCUGUACUUCGCCCUCACCGGGAGCGAGCUCUUCCGGCUCGCUCGGUCAUGGCAAGACGACGAGCAGUACAUCAGACGAGCACAAUCCCAGCGUACAGUAUCAGCGCGCACUGCAGAUGUCACUCCCCACAGUCCUGCCAUCUUGGGUCUUGGCCUGCGCCACAGAGAAGAAGAUGGUGCCCAUUGCGUCACACUACUUAGGCUCUGGCGCUCCUCAACCAAGCACAUCAUCUGCAUCGAUAGCUCGUACGCCUGCUACCUCUUCAUUGCCGACCGUGGCGAUACAUCCCGCGCCGGCAGACUCGCCUGUAAACACCGAACCUGUCACGCGAGCCGCGGAGCCCGAGCCCGCCAUUGCUGACGCCACUGCGACCUCACCCAACAUCGACGAAGACGCUCCCGGAGUAGCUUCGCCCGAGGUCACACAAGUGAGUGAAGAGAUGGAGCAGGUGGAUUUGAAAGACACGUAG